AUGCUGUUUCUCUGCUGUUUCCCUACUUCCCAACAGCCGAUGCUAAAAGAGAUCCCGGUCGUUGCCUCGGAUGAGGGCUUUCUUACAAGACCAUAUAUGCCUAAGACGUCGGUAACAUGCUGGGAUGACUACUUUCGGGGUAACAAUAGCAUGCAGACUGAAGACGCACCCCGUACUUCUUUCGAAGAUCCGCAGUAUCUAUCAGCACCGCCGAGCCGACAUACUCAAAAUUCCAAUAAGCCUAGCAAACUAAGGGGCCUUCGGUGGAUUAUUUAUCCUCUUUGCGAGUGGUCGUACCCUCUUCCCCUAGGAGCUGAUGUCAAUAUUACUUGCCCAAAUACACCCGGGCUGAUGGAGUCAAAAGUAACUCCAGUGGUUGUAGAGUGUUUUCGCCCUUAUCCACCUGGUUUACGCAAAGCGACUUUCACCUUCGAGGCUUUGGGAGAGAGGCAGACCCAUUCCAUUGAAAAAAUAUGUAGGGACCACGGGUUGAAAGCGGCGGUUAUUAACUGGAAUCCCAGUUACAAGUGCGAGCUGGGAAAAAUCAGUAAACUCACUAGCCUCUAG